ACCGGCAGAGCAGGAGGCUGAACUGAGGAUGACUCUCUCCUAACUACAUUAUUCUCACUAAUUCGUCCAUUUGUCCGCCAAAGCAGCUAUUAAGGUACGUUUACCUGCGCAGCUGCAUUGCUCUCAACUUGAAGAACUUUGUCGGCGAGUCGCUGUUGGAUGCAUAAAGGUGCAUUUGAAGUUUGCUGUGUUUUCAUCAGUAACUUUUGUUCGGCGCGGAAGGUGGACGCGGUUCUGUGCUGGACAUCCGCGGGUGCGGGGUUGCAUGGUGGGCACUCAGCGGCCGCUGCUCCGUGAGCUUCCCGGGCUCUGUCCAGCCUUCAUGUGGGCUUCGUCGGAGGUUACUCGCCCGAACCACGUGUAGAAAGCGGAUAUCGGAACUUCACCUAGCCUGCACACCUUCCUCCGUGUCCCUCUCGAGCGCUUGGAUUGUAGCCGGGAGAACCGAGAGCACCGCGCAGAGGAGGCACCGCAGCCGCGACCCCCCUCACUCAACAUGGAUGUACGAUUUUAUCCGACUGCCAGUGGGAAUUCUAUCCCAGGAGAGCCACCGAACAUGGAUUUCGCGCAUUGUUUGGGUUACUACAACUUCAACAAGUUCCAGAACAACAACUACAUGAACAUGACGGAGGCCAAUGGUGCACUGCUUGCUGCUGGAGACACUUUCCACACGCCCAGUUUGGGAGAUGAGGAGUUUGAGAUUCCUCCUAUUACACCUCCACCUGAAACCGAGUCCGGACUGGGGCUGUCUGAAGUUGACACACCUUUUCCAGCAAUGCCAGAGCACCAAACUCAACACCGGGGUCCCUUCAUCCCGCAGUUCCCCCCUCAAAGCCUGGAACUGCCGUCGAUUACCAUUUCGCGCAACAUGAUGGAGCAAGAAGGGAUGUCGCUCAGCAAUGGCCAGUCAGUGAAUGUUGGAGCCGGCCAUCAGCUUCACCAGUACCCCCCUAACUCUGCCAUGCUGAUGAAGUCCAUCAUGAGCAUGAACAGCAACAACGGGAUGAUGUCCAGGAAUCAGCUGACCACCAUCAAUCAAACUCAACUUAAUGCACAGCUGAGCCUCAACAUGGGAGGACCCAAUGUCACCCACACGUCGCCCUCCCCGCCUGCCAGCAAGUCGGCCACUCCGUCUCCUUCCAGUUCUGUCAACGAUGAUGACCAGGACGAAGGAAACAGGGUGGUUGGAGAGAAGCGGCCCGCUCCCAUGGAUCCCACCAAGAAACCCAAGACCCCAAAGAAGAAGAAGAAGAAGGACCCCAAUGAGCCUCAGAAGCCAGUUUCAGCUUACGCCCUCUUCUUCAGAGACACGCAGGCCGCCAUCAAGGGUCAGAAUCCCAACGCCACCUUCGGGGAAGUGUCCAAGAUUGUGGCGUCUAUGUGGGAUGGUCUGGGAGAGGAGCAGAAGCAGGUUUACAAGAGCAAGACUGAGGCUGCCAAAAAAGAAUAUUUAAAGGCACUUGCAGCGUACCGUGCGAGCCUGGUGUCAAAGGCUGCAGCAGAAUCAGCAGAGGCUCAAACCAUACGCUCCGUACAGCAAACCCUGGCCUCCACCAGCCUCUCCCCUGGCCUGGUGCUGCCCUCGCCACUUAGCCAGCACCCCUCCAUGCCGUCGGCUUCCCAAGCUCUCCAGCAAGCCAUACCACGGGCCAUCGCCCCGAAACCUCUGCAGAUGAGACUCGGGGGCAGCCAAAUCGUGACCUCGGUCACAGUUUCUCACCAGAACAUGCCCUCUGGGAUGUCACCGCAGAUGCUCAGCCAGAUGGGUGCUGGAGGAGGGAUGGUGGCCGGCGCCCAGUCCACGGCAGUGUCUCAGAUGAGCCCGCCGAUGCAGCAGCAUGCGAUGCAGCAGCUCCAGCAGCAGCAACAGAUGCAGCAGCACCUCCAGCACCAUCAGAUGCAGCAGCAGCAGAUGCAUCACCAGCAGAUCCAGCAGCAGAUGCAGCAUCAGCACUUCCAGCAUCACCUCCAGCAGCAGCUCCAGCAGCAUCACAUGCAGCAGCAGCAGCAGCAACAACAACAACAGCAGCAGCAGCAGCAGCAACAACAGCAGCACCAACAGCAGCAGCAACAGAUGCAGAUGCAGCACAUGCAGUUGCAGCAUCAGAUGCAUCAGCAGCAAAUGCAGCAUCUCCAGCAGCAACAACAGCAGCAGCAGCAGCAGCAUCAGUCACAGUGUUCGCCGCCCCAGCACUCUCCUGGUACUCCCCAUUCAGUAGGAGGCUCGGCAUCGCUUGGAAGCCCCCAGCCAGCUCCUCCGCAGCAACCGCACCCCUCUCAGAUCCAGGCCCACGCCCAGGUCCUGUCACAGGUCAGCAUCUACUGAGCCAAAUGGAGAUCCUAUCUCAAAGAACAGGAAUAGAAUAAAAGCAUCAGCUCCUGUUGCUUUUCUAAGUUGCACUUAAGAAGUGUGUAAAUUUUAGAAUGUUAUACAAAGAACUUGUCCAUUGUUAUAGACGGAUAUGCACUCAUGUGUACAGGUGUAAUCGUUUGCUGGGUUUGUGUCUAUAAAAUAGGCUGCGAGUGAAGACAGAAGCCUUAUGGACUCGGCACCCAGUGAUUGUUUGUGAAGUCCUUCAGCUGACAAUUUGAACUGGCUGGGUGAACGGUGUCUUUCACUCUUUUAUUUAAUGAUAAAGCUUUAUUUAUGAGGCCACAUUUGUUAAAUCAGCGCCGAGAAAAAGAGACGUGAAAUGCUUUCUGCAGAUCCGGGAACUGGACGUACCACUCACCACUCAUCCACAGUCAAGAGAGACACUGCUUCUCUUUCACCUGCCACUGUAUCAGGAAAUAUUGGAUGGAAUCAUCACAGAAUGGAAGAGAAAUGAUAUUUGAACGCAUUUAUCAAAGUCACAAAAGCAGACAAAGUCUCGCUGGAAGUGAAGGAUCUUUGAAGCGAAUGAUUGAUGGGACUGUGGCCAUUUUUGUCAUCACAACGUCAAACUUUUGCUGUAAUUUUCUGUCGAUGUUUUAUAGAAAGCUGAGGCCCAACCUUCCUCCAGGUUAUUUGCUCCUAUAAAUUGUGUAACUGUCCCCCAAAAUAACUGUUAAAGAUAUUUGUUUUUACUGCAGAUGUUUAACAAUUAAAUUAUGUUUUUUUUAUUUUAUGUAACAAAGGGGAUAUUUUAUGGUAAAUGCAAAAUUUCAGGAUCAAAAACAGCGGAAUUUGUGUAUUUUUACUCUGCUACUUGAUGCUGUCGUUGUUUAAAAAAAAAAAAAAACAACUAUAACACGAUCACAUCGAGUCCAUUGUACUGCCAAAGUAAAAAAAAAAACCAUCACACACACGGGAGGUAUUUUUUCAAAGCUGUACAGAAGACAUGAAAAAGAAAAAGUUGUACAUUUCUUUUAAAAUAAAUCACCUGUUGUAAAGUUUUAAUAUGUGAGGCUUUAAUGAAAUCAUUGUUCAAUGACCUGUGGAUUGAUAUAUCACAUAGUGCUUUUCUGCUCUUUUAUACUUUUUUAUGAGUUACAAUAGCAGCGCUUCAUUUUGUUUGUAUUUUGCUUACAAACCACCUGCUUUCAGAAAACUGUGGAUAGAAUUAAGCGUGUACGAACCUCACUGUAGGAAGUAAUGUUUGCUCGGUCAUGAGGACGAAUCCAGAGACAUUCCAUCACUAAUAUGAUAGCAGCCAUAAUUUUGUAUGAAGUAUUAUAUAUUUCUUUGUGUCU